CCCACCAACAAUGUUAGUAAAACUGCAAAAACGCGAUCUAUCGUGGUGUCACUGACUCCGGAAAGACAGCGGGAGACAUGGGCGAAGAAAGCGGAGUUCCUGCUCGCGGUGGUGGGGUUUGCUGUUGACCUUGGAAAUGUUUGGCGAUUCCCUUACAUCUGUUAUCAAAAUGGCGGUGGUGCUUUUCUUAUCCCAUAUUGCGUGAUGCUGUUGUUUGGUGGUCUUCCUCUAUUCUUCAUGGAGCUAGCGCUGGGGCAGUACCAUCGUUGUGGAUGUCUGACGCUGUGGAAAAGAAUAUGUCCGGCUUUAAAAGGUGUAGGCUACGCGAUAUGCAUGAUCGACAUCUACAUGGGUAUGUAUUACAACACCAUCAUCGGCUGGGCGGUAUAUUAUCUGAUAGCGUCGCUGGCAUCAAUCAACUCCGUACUACCCUGGACCAGCUGUGACAAUGAGUGGAACACGCCUCUUUGCAUGCCCGUCACCUCGCCACAGAUCAACCCCAAUUCUUCAACACCUGCUAAGGAAUUCUUUGAGCGCAACGUCCUGGAACAACAAAGAUCAAACGGGCUGGAUGAUAUGGGACCUAUUAAGCCAUCUCUAGCGCUUUGUGUCUUUGGGGUCUUCGUUUUGGUAUACUUCUCGCUGUGGAAAGGCGUCAGAAGCGCUGGAAAGGUGGUAUGGGUUACGGCGUUAGCACCGUAUGUGGUCCUGCUGAUUCUACUCGCAAGGGGAGUAACUCUACCAGGUGCAACUGAAGGCAUCCGCUACUACCUUACACCAGAAUGGCACAAGUUACAGAACUCAAAGGUAUGGAUUGAUGCGGCUUCCCAAAUCUUCUUCUCUUUGGGCCCAGGCUUCGGGACGCUGCUAGCAUUGUCAAGCUACAACAAAUUUAACAACAAUUGCUACCGCGACGCGCUUAUUACAUCCUCCAUCAACUGUCUUACUAGUUUCCUGGCUGGCUUCGUCAUCUUCUCUGUUCUAGGUUACAUGGCGCACGUGCAAAACAAGAGCAUCGAAGAAGUAGGUCUAGAGGGCCCAGGUUUGGUAUUCAUCGUGUACCCUGAAGCCAUCGCCACUAUGACCGGUUCCGUGUUCUGGGCCAUCAUCUUUUUCCUCAUGCUGAUCACCCUGGGACUUGACAGCACUUUCGGUGGCUUAGAAGCAGUGACGACCGCCCUGUGUGAUGAGUACCCUCGAGUACUCGGCCGGCACCGGGAGAUAUUUGUAGCGUUUCUAUUGCUCUUUAUAUACAUCUGUGCUCUACCAACCACCACAUAUGGCGGCGUGUAUUUAGUUGACCUUCUAAACGUCUACGGCCCGGGGCUGGCGAUCCUGUUCGUGGUGUUCGCGGAGGCGGCCGGUGUGUGCUGGGUGUACGGCGUCGGACGCUUCUCCGAGGAUGUGCAGAGCAUGCUCGGACACAAGCCUGGAUGGUUUUGGCGGGCAUGUUGGUCUUACAUUAGUCCCGUAUUCCUGCUGGUGCUGUUCGUGUUCUCGGUGCUAGCCCACGAGGAGAUGCUCGGAGGGGAAUACGUGUUCCCGCGCUGGUCCAUCCGCGUGGGCUGGCUUAUGACUGGCACUACCGUCUCUUGCAUACCGCUUUACUUCAUUUACAAGCUGCUGAUCACUCCUGGCACUUGUAUCAAUCGACUCAAGACUAUCAUACGCCCGGUGGAAACUUCCAUACCACCAGCCGACCACGCGCUUUGCAGUCUGUGACCUGACCGCCUCACCACUCAAAGCUACCCACUACAAACGAAACCACC